AUGAAUCAACGUAAAAAACCUAAACUGUCCUACUGGCCUCCGGUCAAAAAAAUCGUCGAUAAAAGUCACCCUGAGUUGGCUGUCUUGGCACGAGAAUGGCUCCAGCAUCCUCGUGAUUUUGCCACUGUUUUAGAUUCUACUGGCUUUGUUCGCCCACCCUCUGGAGGUCAAGGUUGGAUCACUCAAUCGGGCUACGAUGUGGUCAAAAUACUGGGCAACUGUUUCUGCCCAAAUCCGAUCUGCGCUCUUCAACGACACUACAUCAAGGAACUCGAGAUCAUGGGCUUCAACGAGUGCAUCUGGCCUGACAAUUCAAAGCUCUACAUUUUCAAUGCACUUGAUGCGACCCCAAGCAUUCUUCUGCCUGAUAAAAAAUAA